AUGGCUACACCACUUGCCAAUGGCGGCCACCCAGAGGGGGCCGUCCCCGGUACCGUUCACCUGGUCGACCUGGAUCAUAGCAUGCAGACGCAGCAUGCAUCCGGUGGACAAAAAGACGUUGUCCUGGAUCCCACCCCUUCCGCCGACCCCAAUGAUCCACUCAAUUGGAGCCCUCGCCGGAAGAUGAUGUCUACAAUCUGCAUCAAUCUGUACACCUUCUUCGUCGGAAUGUCAGGUUCAACAGUCUACUCUGUACUCGUCCCCCUCUCCUUGAGCAAUGGUGUGUCCAUCGCCACAUUGGUCGAAGGUGGUGGCUAUAUGUUCCUGCUCCUUGGCUGGGGUCUCCUCUUUUGGAAUCCAUUUGCCAUGAGAUAUGGUAAACGAUUGACGUAUCUUGUUUCUAUUAUCGGUGGAAUUGGUACUUGCAUCUGGAGUGCAUAUGUCAAAAGCAAUGGUGAAUGGCUCGCACGCAGCGUUGUCCAGGGUUUCUUCCUCGCUCCCAUCGAAUCGCUCCCGGAAGUAUCGGUAACGGACGUGUACUUCACUCAUCAACGAGGGCGAUAUAUGGGCUAUUAUGCCUUCACACUCGCUGGAAGUAACUAUUUCGCUCCUGUUCUUUGUGGCUUUAUUGCAGAGAAACAGGGUUGGCAGUGGGUGUUCUACUAUCCUGCCAUGGCUUUGGGCCUGUUAUUGAUCUUCCUGUUUUUUUGUAUGGAGGAGACGAACUAUGUGCGGAAGACUAGUGGAAUUGUUGCGACGCUCGAUGCAACUUCACCUGAAACAAGCCUACAGACCGACGAAGAGAAGACUGCGACUGUUACUAAGACUAUCGGCAGUGACAGCUCCGAUGAAACAUAUGGUCCUCCCAAGUCAUUCGUACAGAAGUUGGCCGUCUGGCACCCAACACCUGGAAAGGGCAUGCUUCAGCGAGCCAUCGACAGCCUUAAGUACCUCGGUUGGCCAGUGAUCUUUUAUUCUGGCUUCUCCUAUGGAUCCUAUCUCAUCUGGUUCAACGUCCUGAACGGAACUGCUUCAGUCAUCCUCAGCGCGCCACCCUACAAUUUUUCAUCUUCAAUGGUUGGCCUCAGUUAUUUAUCUUGCUGUAUCGGCGUCAUCGUCGGUGCAGUGCUCACAGGUCCUCUAAGCGAUUGGUUGACCCUGAAGCUAUCACGGCGCAAUGGUGGUAUAAUGGAGGCAGAGUUUCGCCUUUGGCCGUUCGCUGUAUGUUUGGUACUUGUCCCAUGUUCUCUGAUACUCUGGGGAGUGGGUGCAGCUCAUGGCGUCCACUGGUUCGGACUCAUCUUCGCCAUGGGCAUGUUAGCCUGCGGUUCGGUCUUUGGCGUUACUCUUAGUGUCAACUAUCUCAUCGACAGCUAUCACGAUAUUAGCGGCGAUGCUAUCGUGACAGUGAUCUUGGUUCGAAAUACCAUGUCCUUCGCCAUCAGUUAUGGUAUAACUCCCUGGAUCACCAACAUGGGUUUGCAAAACUGUUUCAUCUCCGCUGCCUUCAUUGGCCUUGCUGCUAGCAGUGUCUUCCUUAUCAUGAUCAAAUGGGGCAAAGGCUUCCGCGUUCGCAGCGCCCAGAAAUACUUUGCGCUGGUGGAGGCUUCUCACAAGCACUAG